GUACAAUUAACUACAAAAACAGAAAGAAGCUGAAAUCAAAUCAUUUACAAAGUUAAUAGUAAUCGCCAAAAACAAUCACAACACGCGCCGAACCUUGCAGCAGAGCUGUCGUGCAACACAUACCCAAUUCAAAGCUUAACGGUGGAAGAAAAAGACGCGCCGGUUGGAAAUGUUUGGCAUCACAAUCCACCAAAAGUGAAAAUGGAUAAUAUUGUUUACAAUUUCUCGAGAAUCACAUUUCAACCAAAGCCAAAGGAAGUAGUGGUAACGCAGAACCGAUCGUCAAUGGCAUUUUCUUCUGCGACAACAAACGCAAGCGGUAAUAAUUUUUCGUGGAGCCUGAAACAAACAACAACAGCGUCCAGUGGUGGCACAAUGAACGACGAGAUGCAGGACACCACAGAUACCACAAACACAACCAGCGAGGACGAGCAGGAGGUAGAGGAGACAGAUGCGCAGUUGAGCUGUGACGAGGAGAGCAGCGACAGCCACAGCAGCUGUGGCAGUCACAUGAGCUCCUUAAGCGGACGUCGCAGCGGCGUUGCACGUCGCCGCAUGCCGUCGCGCGCCUCAAAGGACGCCUUCAAUCGCGUCAGUAGCAUCAUUAUGAAGCCGAAUAAGAAAAAACGUAAGGAGACUCUAUCCACCAAUGCACAGACCCUGAAGAGCAUCGAGAAGCUCUACACGAACAAGCGCAUGAAGAAGCUCACGCCCACUAAUCUGGAGACGAUCUUCGAGGAGCCAAGUGACGAGAAUGCAGCCGACGCCGAGGACGACAGCGAGGAAUGUGGCAUCAGCAGCCAAGUCCGUCUCGUAACAUUUGGCGCCCGCAAACUGCGUCGCGCCAUUUCCUUUAGCGAUGGCCUGAACAAGAACAAAGCGCUAGUGAAGAAGCGCCGACAGAAGGUGAAGAAGGCAUUUGGCAAACGAUUCGCACUUAAGAAAAUCUCCAUGUCCGAGUUCCACGAUCGUCUCAACAAAAGCUUUGACAGUGCCAUGCUCGAGGGCGAAGAGGCGGAAUCCGAAAUCAUUGCGAAUGGCCACGGAAGGGGAAGCGGCGGGGCAGCGACUUUAGCUAAAUCUUUUCCAGCAACCAUGGAUGAUAUGCAGCUGCCGGCAUUGGCUGAGGCAGCAACAAUGCAGACACCGGCGUUCGAAUAGAGCGUCGAACGCUCGAGAGACUGAAUCCCAACACCAUCAAACACACACACACAAGCACAUACAUUAUGCAACAAUUGGAUCAUAGUUGGAAGCCACUUCGGCCACGUCAAAUUCUCACGGGCACAUUUCGUGUACUGAAUAUAUCGUUGUGAAAUUGCUCGAGUUCGAAUGUAAUGGUAAUAAAUGUAGCAAUAGUUAA